AUGGCUACUGAGAUAUGCAUCCUGCAUUUCAACGAUGUCUACCACGUCAACGACGUCGAGCUCAUAUCUCGCUUCGCCGGCUUGAUCAGGUCUUUCGACCCCAAGACACUGGUGAUCUUCAGCGGCGAUGGCUUCUCGCCUUCCCUGGAGGCCUCCCUCCUGAAAGGAGAGCACAUGGUUCCGUUCCUGAACCACCUCAAUGUCGAUGUAGCCUGUUACGGGAACCAUGACUUCGAUUUCGGGGAAACGAGACUCAUGGAACUAUCACGCAAAGUGCACUUUCCCUGGGCCCUGUCCAACGUAAGUAGAAUGACUGAGGACGGCGAUUUCUCGACAGAGCCCCUUGCCUGUGGUGAGCGGUAUAUUAUCCGGACAGUGCAGGGGUACAAAGUCGGAUUUAUUGGCUUGGCUGGGACAGAUUGGCCGUCAAACUGCCAGAACUUACCCCCGGUGUACAUAAUGGAUCCCGCCGUGGUCGCUCAAGAGCUCGCGAGAUACCUGCGUCUCAACGAGGGUUGCGACUUUGUAAUCGCCAUCUCUCACUCACGACUCGCCGAGGAUAUCAGAACCGCAAAUGCUGCAGCAUACGGGGCUGGCAAGGUUGAUCUGAUACUCGGGGGUCACGAUCACGAGGUCCUCCAUCGCUUCCAUGGGGACACAGAGGACGACUCGGAAAUCAUCCAGCAGGGCACGAGAAACGAGGACAUUGUGUCCGAUGGCGUAAUCGACCAGGUAGCCGGAGACAUUCGCAUCGUCAAAAGCGGGACAAACUGGCGAAGCUUAUCCAUUGUCCGCUUGAUAGCCAGGAGACUUCCAGACGGAAGAGCUACAAUAGCAACCGUCAAGCUCAAGCAAUACGUCGACAUCGCCCAGAGCUCAGAAUUCAUCUCACUCCCCCUUUGCCCCCAUAUCCGCAAAGUAGCGGCCGGGAUCCAGCAGCGUGUCGGCAGCGUAGUCCAGAAGCCUCUCAUGCACACGACGACCCCGCUCGACGGCCGCUGCAGUGUGAUUCGCAGCUCGGAGACGAACCUAGGCAACAUGCUCGCAGACGUCUACCGCGCCUACUACGGCGCCGACAUUGCACUCGUCAACAGCGGCUCAAUCAGAUGUGACCGGAUCAUCGAGCCAGCAUCAUCCCCGCUCCGUGCCAAGGAUAUCAUCGAGAUCUGCUCGUUCGAGAACCCCCUGGUCGUCAAACGCGUCAGCGGACACGCCCUCCACGCGGCCCUCGAAAACUCCAUCUCGGACCUCCACGUCGACGGGCGAUUCAUGCAAUGCUCCGGCCUACGCAUCCUCGCCGACUGGCAGCACCGAGAGGGCCACCGGAUCCUGCACCUGUCUCUCGCGCAAACACCCUCCGCGCCAGCGAAGCGGAUCGUCCCGUCGCAGAUGUACACCGUCGUCAUGUCGUCAUUCGUCGCGGCAGGGUUUGACGGAUAUACCUGUUUCCAGAGCGCGGAGACUCUUGUCGACAAGGAGACGGCUGUGACGGAUUCCGGGCUACUCUUGCAGGUCUUCGGAUAUGAGAAGGGGGGGUUGAACGGUGGUGAUACCACCGGUAUAGAUAGAGCCCGGAGGGCUAUCGUCUGUGGAAAGCAUGGGCUGGACAAGUUGCCGAUUGUGAGUCCCAUUGUUGAGGCGAGGAUUCAACUAUGA